AUGUAUCUUCCUACGUUUAUUUAUACCAUUUUCUUCUUGGCCCUGGCGGUCGAAGCAGAAAAGGGAGUCGAUGUUCUCGGACAAUCAAAACAGAAUGAAAAGGGGAUUAGUGGUGCAGCACAUCGGGAAGGGAAGCACCAAUCUAUUGCAACUUCGAGCAAGGCUAGUUUUCAGAUCGAGAAAACAGGUGUUCCCCAGAUCAAUGUUCGCCAGCCAGGCCUCCUUGGGAAACUUGGCAAGGUUGCUUCUGCUGUAAAGAAGGUGGCUGCCCCAGCGAAGAAGGCUGCCGCUGCCGUGAAGAAGGUGGCUGCCCCAGCAAAAAAAGUUGCCGCUGCUGCGAAAAAGGUCGCUGCCCCAUCAAAGAAGGCUUCCCCUAUCAAGAAGAUUGCUGCUGCCGCGAAGAAAGCAGCUGCCCCUGCAAAGAAAGCAACCGCAGCUGUGAAGAAGGCUGCAUCGAAAAAAGCCACACCGAAGAAAAUUGCACUAAAGAAGGCCAAACCGACGAAGAGUGCCUCCAAGAAGGCCACACCGAAGAAGAGUGCCUCCAAGAAGGCGGCUCCGAAGAAGAGUACCUCCAAGAAGGCGGCUCCGAAGAAGAGUACCUCCAAGAAGGCGGCUCCAAAGAAGGCCGUGGCAAAGAAAGGUGCUGCCAAGAAGACACCACAGAAGAAGGCCACCGCAAAGAAGGCAGCUCCCAAGGCCAAGGGUGGCGCUGCGAACAAGGGAAAAACUCUCUCAAAGAGCAAGGCUACAGCUAAAGGGAAGACUAGUUCUAAGGGAAAGAGUGCUCCUAAGGCUAGCAAGAAGACUCCUGCUAAGCCUGGAAAGAAGUCUCCUGCUAAAGCUGGAAAGAAGUCUCCCGCCAAAAAGACUCCCGCCAAAAAGACUCCCGCCAAGGCUGGUAAGAAGUCUCCUACUAAAGCUGGGAAGAAAUCUCCUGCAAAGAUUGGGAAGAAGUCUCCUGCUAAGGCAGGAAAGAAGAGCACCAAAUCAGGAAAGAAGAACACCAAAGCAGGAAAGAAGAACAACAAAGCAGGAAAGAAGACUCCGACUAAGGCUAGCAAGAACACCAAGACGAGCAAGAAGACUCCCGCCAAGAAGACUCCCGCCAAGGCAAGCAAGAAGUUUCCCACUAGCAAGAAAACUCCUGCAAAAGUUGGGAAGAAGUCCCCUGCCAAGGCUGGAAAGAAGAACACCAAAGCUAUAAAGAAGUCUCCCGUUAAGGCUGGGAACAAAAACACCAAAGCUGGAAAGAAGACUCCGUCUAGAGCUGGGAAGAAGAACGCAAAAUCUGGAAAGAAUGCCCCAGCUAAGGCCGGAAAGAAAAACAUCAAAGACAGAGCCAGAGGAAAGAAGACUCCUUCUAGGGUUGGGAAAAAGAAUCCUACCAAAGCUAGCAAGAAGGCUUCUACCAAAGCUGGUAAGAAGAACACCAAGGUCGGAGCUAAGGGCAAGAAUGCUCCCUCCAAGGCUGGGAAGAAUCAUUCUGAUAAAGCUGGAGCUAGGGGUAAGAAGGUGCCUGUCAAGGCUGGCGUCAAAGGAUUAAAGGGACAGACUGCCGCCAAAGGAAAGAGCAGUCAGGCUACGUGCGCAUGGAGGCGAUCUUUGGGCUUGAGGUGUCCAACAGGAGCUGGAGACUCGCAAGCCGGAUCUGGUAGCCAAUCGACGACUGGUAACCAAUCUGCGCAGAAGAAGCAACGCAAGGAUAAGAAGAAGAAGGCCGAGAAGGUUAAACUGAACCCGAAUCGCGCAAAUCAACACAAGGACGAUGCCGGCAUGUAUAUGGGUGUUUCGCCAGACCCACAGAACUUUUUACCCGUCCAGAACGCCCAUACUAAGCAGUGGACGUAUGAACGGAAGACUGGCGACGGGAUCGAUAUUGACGCUAGGAUCAAGGAUUAUCCCGGACACAAUUCGAAUGUGAGAUUUGCGGUAAGCAAAGGUCAAAAAGCUGAAAAUGGUCCCAAAGGAAUUGGUCCAGGCCGCCAUGACGAAAACACUAUGAUGAAGAAGAACAAAGACCAGGAGAGGAAACAAAGGAAAGCUGCUGAAAAGGCCCAGAGGAAUGGAAAGAAAACUAACGCAACUGGGAGACCCAAAGAUGGUGUUGAAUGGUGGAGAAUUUCUACUAAAUCACAGAAGCAACUCGAAUAUGAGCAUAGGAAGAACGGAGGCACAGGAUCGGUUCCGACAGCCUGGGACGCAGACAAGUUCCGAGAAAAUAUGCUCGCACAACAUCAACAUUUUCAAAAUCACGAGGCUGGAGAUAUGAAUGACGAAUAUGCAAAGCAUGUGAAACAGAUGAAUGCUUACACCAACUCUAAACAGCGUUUCAGUAAACCCCAAACUGUUCAGCGCCGUGCCAUCUCGAUGGGGCCUUGA